CAAUCUCUACCAUGCUUUCAUUGUUGCUCUAUAUGCUCUAAUUACUUAGCUUUGAAGUGAUGGAAAUUAUACGAAUGACAUCAAAAGCAUCAGGCAAGAAAAAGGGAUGCAGAGGAAUACAAUAUACAUUUAGAAAGAAAAUCUACAUUUUUAAUGAAUGAGGAAAAAAAGAAGAUUAAGUUAGCCGACUUAUUGGGAUAUGCAUCUUUAAGUUGGAUCUAACUUGAGCUUUUUUGUAAUUUCUUUGAAUGACAACUAAGUGGAACGCAAGAAUGGACCAAUUGAACUAUUAUCAAGCUGGUGUUAUCUAUCUAUGUAAAUAUCUGUCAUCUUUUUGUUCUGUUUCUCAUUUCAAAGUCUACAACAAGUGGCUGGUUCCUUCCAUCCAACUGAUUUCACCAAUUCUAAGAGAUGAGAAUCAAUGAAAGAAAAGGUAUUAAAAAAACACUUUGAAAAUAAAAAUUUUGAGGCAGAGAGGCAGCUCCUUCAAGAAGAGCUUGUUUAGUUUAGCAUUAGAGCUCUUCAGCCAAGGAGAUGAGCAAGAAUAGUUUAUUGGGGUUUUAGGGAAUGGGAGACACGGAAACAGCCUCCACGUUCCCCUCAUAUCUUACUUCCUUUAUUUAUUGCUCUCUCUCUCUCUCUCUCUCAUGUUACAAGCCUCCUAUUGACAAAAUGUUGUGUCCCUCCCCAAGGAAUAAAUAUAUACCCCUUUCCUCUCUUGUGAAGCUCCAUAAAUACUCUUAUCUCCAUCCCUAAGUCUCUCUCUCUCUCUCUCUCUCUCUCUCUCUUCUGUUUACACCACUGUCUUGAUAACAGCUCAAGGAGGGCUCUCUCUUUCAAGUGUUUAUGUGAUCAUGGGAAUUCAGAAGCCUGCAUGGUUGGAAGCCCUCUAUACUCAGAAGUUCUUUGCCGGUUGCUCCUAUCAUGAAACCGCUAAAAAGAAUGAAAAGAAUAUCUGUUGCUUGGAUUGUUGCAUCAGUAUAUGCCCCCAUUGUCUGCCAUCCCAUCGUUUUCAUAAGCUCCUUCAAAUUCGUCGUUAUGUAUACCAUGAUGUUGUCCGAUUGGAAGAUCUUCAAAAGCUCAUAGACUGUAAGAAUGUUCAGGCAUAUACAAUCAAUAGUGCCAAAGUGGUGUUCAUCAAGAAAAGACCUCAGAACAGGCAAUUCAAGGGUUCUGGAAACAACUGCACUUCCUGUGACAGAAGUCUUCAAGAACCUUAUAUCCAUUGCUCUCUCGGAUGCAAGGUGGACUAUCUCCUUAAAUUGAACAAGGACCUCUCUCCUUUCCUAAAGAAAUGCAACUCUCUUCAACUCAGUCCUGACUUCUUGGUUCCUCUUUCUGAUACCGGAGACGAGGAGAUGACGAGUGAUCAGACCAACCCUCAUUCUACAAUUGUGGACUGCGAUGACCCGAUGAGCUCAUCAUCAUCCGGGUCAUCAGGGUCCGAGAACAUGAGCAUGAGCAUGAACAUGGGAUACAGACAUCAUGAGAUUGUCCGGAAGAAGAGAAGUGGACUGAAUUAUGCUUCAUUGUGCGGAAGAUCAGCUCAUAAAGUUUCAGACGAGGACAUGGCCUCGAGCAUGAUCAGUAGAAGAAAACGCAUUCCUCAUAGAUCUCCUCUGUGUUAGCAACCAAAAAAAAAAAGAAAGAAGAAAAAAACCACAAAACUUAAACUUACUAUUUUGUCACUACAAUUUUCAAUUUAAUUGACUGAACUGAACCAUUCAAAUGCUUUGAUUAAUUAAUUCAUUACUUUAGCUC